AUGUCGGUGCCUCUCCCGGUGCCGCUCCGCUCGCCAGGCUACCGGGAGAUCCCCAUCCAUCGGAUAAAUGCCGAGCUGGCUGAUCGGCGCCCACAUCAAGUUGGAGACGUGGUAACGGUCGAGAUCUCAAAUCUGCAGACGUCAACAGCUUCGUCGUCUCCACCUCCUGUCCCUCCUCAUGGCAUCCAAAUUCCGACAAUAAUUUCCCCCGUUGAAAGCUACACUAGAUAUUCUGAGGUCCGGCAAACGCAGCGCUUAUAUGAGGACGAUCCGGAAGACCCCUGCACGCUAGCUGAAGAUCCUGUCGCCCCACCCCGAAAACGCAGGGAGCAGCGCCCGGCUUUUGAACGGAGCUGCCCGGAGCGCUCCUCCUUCCGGCGAGCCUCAUUGCGAAGUAAUGGUUCUGGCAAUAAUUCAAUCGAUAAAGGGGAAAGCCCGAUAGAUGUCGUCAUGGAGGUGGUCCGUGAAGUGGCGGAAAAGAGGAAAGCUUCUGCAACACAAUCGGGGAGACCGAAAUCUGCUCAAGAUCCGGACCAUCGGUAUGCCGAAAUCAACCCAAAACGCCGGAAGAGCAAGGGUUGCUUUGAGACUUGUUGUGUUGCCGAAAGCGAUGCAAAGGUUCGGAUUCGGGCGAUAGAAAAUGGGGAUCGUCAAAUUGUCUUCAGCAAUACCCUGGGUGACGAUAGCGCCAUCGAGAUCGAAUUUGCCACUAAGCUACCGUACACCGGGGAAACGUUUCGAGUAUCGAAGAGUACUGGGAAGAAGAGACGUAGCAUCGAGGCUCAUUCGCUGCUCUAUCAACCGGAUACUGGGCUAGCAGAGAUUCCGGCCCAAUCACGGAGCACGACCCUGAUUUGGAGGCCGACUGACGAGGACGAGCCGACAAAUCAGGUUGAGCUGGCUGUAGAGCUGGAGUUUGAGAGUCGGGGGUCUACCGAAAUUACAUUAAAUCCUUUGGACAGCUGUCCACCGGAGCCCAACGCACCGGCAAUUGUUCACAUCCCAGGAUUGGGCGACCUGGCGUCAACCUCGCCGGAUACCCCGCGUGAAGAUGUCGUGGUGGUAGUGGAAGAACUCGCCAAAACCCAACCCCAACACCCCGAUGAUGAAACCCAAUUUUUCGUUCACCACGAGUUUCAGGGAGACUUCGGCCGCCAGCUACAAGAACGAGCCCGGACCAGCAUUGUCAACAUUCCGCGCACCGAAUUGACAGAAGAUAUUCUCAAUCAAAUAUUUACUGGGAGUCCGCAGUCGCCCAGCCCAGAGGAUGUCUACAGCCCAUAUUCCACCCUUCCACGACUACACGCCGACCAUAGCGCGUAUUCGACUAUGAGCGUGGACGCGAAGGUACGAACUCAGCCCGGUGCCGUAACGGUAGAGCUGGACUUUAAGCGCCCAUUUGAUGGGAGUGAAGAGCCAGAGCAUACGGGUUUUGGCCAUCGCAAGAGCAAAUCCGCUGAGCGUCAUACGGUAGUGCGAGAACCGGAGGAUUACCCCACCUACGAACCCACCGGCACCACCAUUAGCAUACAACCUGAUGGAAAUUACGAUAGUCUGCCGCGGAAUGGUUUCCAAAAUCAAGUCUAUGACGGGAAAAAGACUUACAAGAUAACAAAUGUCUCGACCACCGAACGUACCGUCGUCCCGGUCGAACAAAUCUCAAUCUAUGCCGACAUUUUGGCAAAAAAUGAAUCUACCUCCGAAACUUAUGAAUUCAGAAUCCCACAGGAAACUGAAUUUGAAGUCAGCAGAAGUGCCCGACCAACGUCCCUCACCGAGCUCGAUUUAGCGAGAGUGACGCGUGGAUUGUGUGUAAUCACAGGAGAACCAUCAUCCGAUGGCCGAGAAUGCUAUUGCGUUUCCUGCCAAUCGGCCCGGGAAUGGCUGCAAAAUGAGGGGAUCGAUGUGGAGAAGUCCGGAAACGAUGAGAACAUCUCACCAACUGACGACGCGGCACGGGAAGCGGCAUAUCAAAAAAUGCUGUUGGAAUCGGAGAAGUUGAUGAGGAUGGAUGAGAAGCCGGUGAAGUUCGAGGUGGUUGUGGAGAAGACGACACCGGUGGAGAUUGAUUUGGAACAGGUCUUCACAAAUCCAUAUUCACUGGAAGGUAGCGGACUGAAAGUCAUCGACACGACUGGCAAAGAAAAGUUGCGUACUCGCUCAGCCUUUCAAGUCCAUCAUGGCCACGCUGUUACUCCGCGCCCGGCCAGUGAAAUGAGCAGGAAAGUCGACAGAUCCCAAUUCAACACUGUCAUCGACCUCGAAGAGAUCUUCCACCCACGACCAGCUUCAUCAAAACCAGUACCUUCAGAAGAAGUUAUAGCCGAGGAAGUGGCGGUCGAUCUCCUCGAAAGAGUGUUCUCCAAGAACGAGCAUCACUGCACAAAAGAUGAAGGCGAAAAGGAAUGUCGGUGCUCCGCUUGCGCCGAUUCUAAACUACCACCGGAAAUGAUACAAAAGAAACAGGAAGAGUUUGCCAGCAGAAGAUUACGGGAUGGUGCUCAAACUCCCCAACAUUCUGAGGGCUCGAUUCGAAGGACGCCGAGCAUGAACAUUGAUUUGGAGGAGGUGUUUUCAGUAUACGGCACUCCGGUGAUGUCGCCAGAAAUGAGAGGAAAAUUGGCUAGUGAGAAUUCUGAUCUCCGACGAGGUGCCAUUUCCGUAGCAGAAUCCAUCGUUGAUGAAGUUUUUGGUGAUCUCCGAAAUGAAAGCCGCUCCGAAGAUGUAGCCCCCAUUGGAGACAAUCCCGAUCCUGCCAAAAACCCAUACUCCUUCAUCUGGGAUCUCGUCAAACAAGACGACGCCGAUUUUCAGAAUCGAUUGCAGAAGAUUCGGGCGAGCCAAAAUCAGCCUGCUACUACCAAUAUUAAGCCAACCGACCGGAAGGAGUAUCGCUCACUGCGCGAGUUAAUGGAUGAGGUCAGUGCCGAAAAAUACGCACAACAUUCCAUGGAUCUCGGGUUUAUCGCGAAUAUUGUUGACAUUAGAAAAGAGACGGAAGCGCUGACAAGAAGCAUUGAGACACCGGAAAAUACCAGCUCUGGCCGUCUUAGUUCCGUAUAUCUCGAUGCUAACCAGGAAUUUGAUGGGCCACAAAAAGCGAUCGGAGCCGAGAUUUUGGAAAAAUUGAAGGCAAAGGGUGUUGAGGUGGAAAAAGACGAGGCCGUACCGUUGAUAGCGGUCAAGCGGAAAAGUAUCGAUCUCGAGGAAGUAUUCAAUCCCCGAACGCCGCUUCUACAAGAGACGAGACCCGAUAUUUUGGAGCGGGUCAACAAACACCCACCAACCACUGUAUCCCGCCCUCCCACACGCUCCUCCAUCACCUCACCAGAACCAAGACCGAGCUCGGUACCAAAACUCCCACCAAGUGAAGUUAGCUUAGAUCUAAUAUUUAACUCUGCUGAAAAGGGAGAAGUUACGGAGAUUGACUAUGCGCAGGUACUCACCGAAUCGAUGCUCGCCGAAGCAAGCCCUGAAGAAAGUGACUCAUCGAAAUAUGCCGAAAUCCGAACUUCUACGCCUCCAGACAUCAACUCCACGGCUACCCAGAAUUCUCAAGCCUUGGAUCUCGAUUCAAUAUUGGCGGGAGUCAGGGCUUGGGCUCAACAUGGAGAAGCUGAGAAGGAGGUCCAAGUUGAGGCUGAAAAGGCCAAGCUACCUGAUGCUCCAAAAGACGUUGUUGAAAAUGAGGAGUCGGAAGCUAGUUGGUUACACACGCUCAUAAGUUCUCCCACGCCGAUAUUGGAAAAAUAUAAAGCCGAGCCAGAACCAGUAAAAGAAGAUGUUCCUGCUCAUGAGCAUCUUCCUGAACGGAAGCUCAGCGCGCUACAAGCUCCACCAGAUGCCGAUGCUACCCCAAAUAUAGAUUUGAAUUCCGAUUGGCUACAAAAUAUUAUCAGCUCCCCAACCCCGACUUUGGAAAAAUCUGAAGUGGAGCCGGAACUAUCUGAAGAAGCUGUUCAUGCUCCUGAACCUGAACUCAAACCAAGCCCGCUACAAGCUACACCAGCUUCCGAUUCAACUCCUACCGCAGAUUUCAAUUCCGAUUGGCUACAAAAUAUCGUCAGCUCCCCCACUCCGACAUUGGAAAAAUCUGAAACCAAGCUAGAACCAGCACAAGAAGCUGUUCAUGCUCCAGAGCCUCAACUCAAACCAAGCCCGCUACAAGCUACACCAGCUUCCGAUUCAGCCACUACCGUAGACCUCAAUUCCGAUUGGCUACAAAAUAUCAUCAGCUCACCGACGCCAGGAAAGCCUAGUGUCACUGAAACAAUCAUUACAGAGACAAUAACAACCAUAAGCGAGGCUCCAAUUUCUAAACAACCCCCGGAAAUCGAUUCGAGGACCAAUUGGUCUGAUGCUAGACAAGAGCUCUGGGAAAUGCCGGUUCAAAGAAAGCGAUCAAUGGAAAAAGAAGUCAAAGCCCAUCCGGAAUCUCGACAUACACCUGGCGACACCCCAAUUAUUUCCGAGUCGCCCAUCAACCUCGACGAGAUAUUUGCACGAGUCCGUAGCCCGGAGGCUUAUCUUGAAGAGGACGUGGAGAGCAGCCUCAAAAUAUACACAAAAACUUCCGAAGAACCGAAGCGCGUCCGACAAGUGGCAAUUGUGACGAGACGGGAGACGACAUUUGAUUCUGGACCAGUGGCUGCGAUCCAUUUGGACGACAUCUUUAAUCCAAAGACGGAAGAGAGCUAUAUUGUGCUUUCUGAGGAGUAUACGGUAGCUGAAGAGAUUUCGGUUCCGGCGGACGAUGCACUGUUGCGGAAGAUGUCUCUAAGCGGCUCGAGGAAACCAUCGUUGGCUGUAGAAACUGAAAGCAUCCCACGACCGGAAGAGGACUAUUGGCGGAACCUCGUAGAAUCGGCUACAACCACAUACACCUCGACGAUUGUCAAGGAUGCGCCAAUGUACGAAUCGGUGAUCAGCUACGGUUCUACCGUAUCCCCAGGUUCCAUUCGGGACGCGCGGUCACCUACUGAGAUAUCGUAUGCAACCUUGCCAGCCAAGAUUGAGUUGGAGACGACAAAUCGUGUAACCUCUUCCGCAUCAGUGUAUUUGGAAGAGCCGGUGAUGGCUGCAGACGAUAUUAUCAAGCUCUGCUUCUCACAGCCACCAUCUACCAGUACCGAAAAAACGGUGCAUUUCGAAGAAACUGUUCCCGUCCGCUCUGAAAAACGGCACUCACUAACUGGAGCCGAAUUUGCGCAACAGUCCCGGCCGACAGACAACGAGCUGCUUGAGGUCGAGGUUGGAGACGAUUAUUUUAUUGUUAAAGGAUCCUACUCACUGGCGAUAUUGCGCUCGGACCCUCUUGGGCAAUUAUUGACAUCAUUGCAGCGUCACUCCCACGGCGGAGAUUGUUCAAUCUCGGAUAUGGCCGAGCUCGACUUUUCUCUCGCCCCAAAGCUCCGGAAUCUGCUUUAUUCAUGUUUGAAAGAAAAGAAGCACCGCGAGACAUACCCAACCCUGUCAACCCGAGCUGAGAGGCUCAUUUCCAAGUACGACCCGGCGGCGUUGAUCUAUUUGAGGAUGCUGGAGAACCGUUUCGAUCCCGUGCGGAAUCCUACUGGAAGCAUUAAUCUUUGUACCGCCGAGAACAACGUAUGCGAGGAUUUGAUUCGCGAGAAAGGGCUUCAAUGCAUGAAUUCAAGCAAUGAAGAAGCCACCACUCGAUUAGAUCAUUUAGUGCACUACGGACCGUCUGGCGGAUUUUUAAGCGUAAAACAAGCCCUGCUACGGUACUUCAUCCGGGUUAUGGAUGCCAAGAAGCUCACUACAAAUGAUAUUUUAUUGGCGCCAGGCUCAAAUGCAGCUCAUGAUAUGGUCGCAUUCGCGUCGCUCGAGCCAGAAGAUGUCGUGCUCAGCACGCGGCCGGUUUAUACGCGAAUCUACAACAAUGUGGAAGAACGGGCAGAGUGUCGGCUGAUUACUGUACCAUUUAAAAACUUGGCGAAGCCCUCGUUGGACAUUGAGGCCUUGCAAGAGACGAUAGCUCAAAAUACAGCAGAAGGGCUUCCGGUACGCGGGAUUACCAUUCUCAACCCGCACAACCCGCUGGGGGUCGUUUUUCCGGAAGAGCAGAUGAUUAUGCUAUGUAAUUGGGCGAACGAAAAUGGCUUGUUUGUUGUGGUGGAUGAGGUUUUCUCGGGAACUAUAUACGGGCACGGGCAUGAAUUUGUCUCAUUUUUGUCGUAUCGCCAUAAGCUAGUCAACCCGAAUGCGACGGCAUGGAUUUGGAGCCCGAGCAAGGACUUUGGACUUCCCGGCAUUCGUCUAGCAUCAAUUGUAUGCACCGAUAAAGCAAUGGGAAUGGCGCUGACUCGAAUGGAGGUUGUUCAGCCUUGCUCGGCAUUGGCGCAGGACUUUACAACCAAGUUGUUGGAAGAUACUGAAUGGAUUUCCUGGUUCCACGCGGAGAAGCUGAAGCGCUUGCGCGCCCACCAUGCAUUGGCCACAUCGACAUUAGAACGCCUUCGAAUCCCCUAUGUAAAGGGCGUGGCCGGAGUCACCCUAUUCUGUGAUUUCAGCAAGUACAUUCCCGUACCUUACCCUGAUGAGGAGCAGCUCGUGUCGGCGAUGGCAGAUCGGGGUAUCUACAUGACACCAGGGCGUUUUAUGGGAGAGACUCGACCGGGCUGGAUGCGCUUCGUCUUCGCGUGCCAACGGGAAGAAUUGAGCGAGGGAAUGCGAAGAUUGGUCGCCUUUUUCGACGACGAUCACACAUUCCAACCGGAACCGAUCGUUUAU